AUGCCGAUCACCUAUGGCCGACCGAGACCUCCUACUAGCCUCUCUAGCGCACAGCUGAAUGUCUCUAGCGUCCAGUCCACUGCUACAAAUGACCAAAAUUCAUCGCCUACCGAGGCCGAAUUCAACCAGGAUUGGAAACAAAAACUCAAAGACAUUGACAAUGACGAAUACGACGGCGAGAUGGUACGCGAGUCGACGAGCUCGAGUUUAACGCCCCUUGUAUCGUCUUCGUCGCUAUCGGCCUUGCCUGAGUCACAGCCCCAACGUGAAAGCCCCUCGAGAGAUUACCGAGAUCCAGAUACAGACGAUCCCGACACCAGCGUCGAACUCAACACCGCUGUGGCUAUGCCCUCUUCCGACGGAGAACCUAUGCCAGAACAGGAUGACGAGGCGGACAGCGAGGACGAGCCAGUUGUUUCUAAAAGGAUGGCAAAACCUUUACGCGUUGUUGAUUCAGAUGAAGAAUCGAACAACAAGCAAUCCCCCAGUCAGAUGUCUGUCGACCGGCCGGCCAAGUCUUCGAAUCCCACAACGCCUGCUAGUAGCGCAAAGAAGCCUGUCAAACUUGCGCUUAGUGACGAUAGCGACGAGGAGCCGCCAAAGGACGACAAGGAGGAAGAACAGGAGGAGAUCCAAGAUGCGAGCAGUCCCCAGGUCAAGCGUUCCACCAAAAGGGGCCUGAAUAAGGCCGAGAAAGUCGAAAUGGCAAAGACCCAGCAAGCUAUUGCUGCUUCACGCGAGAUCCGUAUCCAAAACGCAACCAAACGAGUAGACCAUAAAUCCUAUUUUGCCAACUAUAACUCGUCUCUGAACCAAGCCGAAAUCGACUCGUAUCCCUUUCCACCUGGCGCGAGGUCUCAAAAACCGACCGACAGUAAGGCAAAGUUGAGGGAAAAGAUCGCAGCUAUGCGACCCUUGUCAUCGCAUCCUGCACCCGCAUCUGCUCCUUUACCUAAAACCAAGUAUCAGGUAUCGAGCGAUCCGAUAGUCGGAAGCUCGCAGAGUGGACCAGGGCCGAUUAAAGGUGAAGCCGGGUCGGAGCAAAAAGGGGACUUAUUUGGGAAACCAAACGCGCUUGGAAUGUCGAUGUUCGGUGCGGAGGAUAGCGACGAAGAUGAGUUUCCGGCUGUUAACCAGGUCUUAUUUGCCGUCAAACCAAAGUCCAAGCCCAAGCCCAAGCCAUCGAAGGUUGGGCUGGAGGAGAAAAAACGCGCUCUUACUAAUCGGAAGGUAGAGUCGGACUCGGACGACGAUCUGGAGAUUGCUGGUGGGUCCCGGCCCACGAAUUCGAGAAUUCUGGCCCGGCCUGGUCAAAAGGCUGCUACAACACAGAGGAAGAUUAAGCAAGAGGUGUCCGAAAGCCAAGUCCUCCGAGCCGGUCAUGCGAAUCACUUUGGGCUGGACGCCGCUCCAUCGUCUUCACCAAUUAAAGGCGGUGGGCAGUACGAAGACUCGCAAUUCGGGAUUGUUCGUUUGCCUGGGACACCGUCGCGAACUGCAACGGGAUGGAAGGGCGGUAAGCCCACUCAACCCGUUGGAAGGGGGAACAACGGUGCACGUAUGACAAUGGAGCAACUGAAGCGCUUUGUCGCCACAAAGUCCUUUGAUGAUGGUCAGGCAAGGCAAAGGGCGGAUGAAGAGAGAUGGAAAGCGAAUGGUGGGAGGGCGUUGAAGAGGGAAAAGGACAGGAAAGAGGGGCUGGGUGUUGAGGAGGCUGUUAGAGAGGCUCUGGAGCGUGCCGAGCACCCGCAGGAGGAGGAGGAAGAUGAAGAGGAUGAAGAGGAUGAAGAUUAUCGUGGUUCCGCCUCUGAGCAAGAACAAUCGGAGGAAGAAGAGGACAAGGAGAACUUGCCUACUGCCGGGCGAGGUCGGAAGCCUCAUGAGCCAGUCAGCGAUUUCGAUGGGAGCGAGAAGGGUGAGGGGGACGAAGACAAGGAGAACUCUUUAGAGCUUGCGGGCAUUGGAUCAGGCCUUUCCCCUGCCAGGAUAGAUGCAGCUUCUCCCGGACUAAGCGCUCGUUCGCCCACCCAUAUCAAUAACCUGUCUCCUGGUCUAUCUCCUGGUCUUGCUGCACCCUCUCCGUCUCAUCUGUUUGGCCGUUCCCCGUCUCAUCUACGGUUAUCUUCGACGGGUUCCGGAAGACUCCCUCUCAGCGAGUUGGAAGACGAAGAUAAAGUUCCUGGAGAAAAUGCAGCUGUUGCGCGUGCACCUCUCGGCGAGCUGGAUGUACAUGAGGAAGAUGAAGAAGAUGUUGUCCGAAGGCCUAUGAAACGACAUAGAAAGGGCGUAAUUGGAGACGAAGAAGAGAUUGCAUCUCCUCGACGCAAGCCAGGCUCCACUUUGCAGCGUCGAUUAGACUCGCCUUCCCAGCGCAAGCUGCCACUCUCGUUUAGCUCUCCCUCUCAACGACUCCUCAGUUCCCCAUCUCAGCGCUUGCUGUCACCAUCCCUUCGGUUCGGUUCCCCAACUCCGCGCGCUCAAAAGUCGCGUUUGGCUACAGGAACACAAAGCUUCAGUCAGGUCGAAACACAGGACAUGCUUGGUGGAUUGGGGGACGUAUUUGGGUUCGAGAGUCAAUCCGCUCCUACUGGAUCGCCGAGCCAAGGUGGUGGUGGGUUGACGCAGCUGUUCGCCAACUCUGCUAAUGCUGGACCAUCCGAUGCUUUUUCAGCCCUGCGGGUCAAUUCAAAUAAUAUCGAGCUGACUCAAGAUGAACGUGCCAAACUAUUGUACAAGCCCAAGAUAUCUGAGGAGGAAGCUAGACGAGAUCAGGAAUUAUUUGAGCGCGAAGAUGAGUUGAUGGCUCGGCCAUUCUCACCUACGCAAAAGGAGGAAAAUCAGAUGUGGUUGAACGAAGAAGGAUUGUGGACACAGACCAAGCCCGCUCAGACACAGACCGUUGGCACCCAAAUCGAAGAGCCCAGCUCGACUCCUGUACAUAUGCCAACCACUUCACUAGGUACACCGUCGUCAGGUUCGCAAAAGCUAUAUCGAAUCCGGCGUGGAGCUGCUUCUGCGCAAGAUUCGACUCCUGAACGCGAGUCCGAACUAGCUCCAAUUCCAUCCGUAUUUGAUAAGCUCAUGGCAUCUCAACGCGGGAAACAGAAGAAACAAGAGCGUAAGCGUAAACUUGCCAAGUCAGAUUUUGUGGAAGGCGAAGCCGCCGAGUCGGACGACGAGUACGAAGGGUUUGGACUGCGUUCGAAGGAUGAAGAGGGAGAAGAAGGGGACAGUGACGAAGAUCGACAUCUCGAGGGGCUGGUGGAUGAUCAAGCGAUGGAUGAGGAUACGGAAGCUGCUGCCCAGAUUCAGGCCAAGUUCAUGGAACAAAACGCUCAAGAUGACGAAGCGAGAGAGAAACUGGCAAGAGACGUUGUUGCAGGGAAGCUCCGUACUCGAAGACGGCGUGGGGACAAUAUGGACCUGGAUGACGAUGACGAGAGCGAAGAAGAGCAUCACCGUAGCUCAAAGAAUUUCCUCAAGAAGCGCAAGAUUGACAACGACCAUUUGGAUGCACUUGCGAAACACGAUUCCACUCGAGCAUUUGUGGAUAUGUAUGACAAAGCGAUCAAGUCUACCGAAGAUGACGAAUUCGCACAUUUAAACCAAGUUACCGAAGAUAUCGACGUUGCUCCUGGGAUGAAUGAAGACGAGGAAGAUGACGAAGAGGGAGAAGAAGGCGAAGAAGUGGGUGUCGAGGAAGAGGAGGCGACAGCACCCGAAACUCCGUUUGGACAUUCUAAAGGUGUUAAACUUGUGUAUAGAAAUAUUCCGUCUUCCGAGAAGGCCGAAGUGUCAUUUGGCUUCAAACCACCGAAUUUCAACCAUGACAAUGACUCUGAUGAAGAAGACCCAGCGACUAUUGACCUUCCAGAUGCUGUCCCUCAGAAAUUGGCCCCGGUUACUCGAGGCAAUUCUGUUGCUUCACGUAUUCAACAAUGGGCAGUACAAGAGGGUGGCGGGAAUCGCGCCAACAUUGGCCGAAUGGGUCAAGGGGUGUCGGUCACCGGUCAUGGCGGUAAAAACAAAGUUACCAAGACUAAGAGUGCGAGUUCCAAUCGCCCAUCUGCCCUUGCUGGCACUUCAUCGAGCUCUUCCAACAAGCUCAGUCGUUUGGGAUCCAAAGCUAGUGGGUUUAGGUAA